CUAAUAGCCACACACGUGCGGGACUGUUGCGCUCUUAUUUUUUAGAAUCGUGGUAUAAAUUAGGCGAAAUGGGUUCUAAACGGCCGCAGGACGUGCACAUGUUCCCUUCGGACCUGGAGUUCGCUGUGUUCACUGACCAGGAGAUCCGCAAGUUGAGCGUGGUGAAGGUAAUCACGGGCAUUACAUUCGAUGCAUUGGGACACGCUAUGCCCGGUGGUCUGUAUGACAAUCGAAUGGGGUCUUACGGUCGGUGUAUGGAUCCCUGUGGCACAUGCCUGAAGUUGCAGGACUGUCCUGGACACAUGGGCCAUAUCGAGCUAGGAACUCCCGUCUACAAUCCCUUCUUUAUAAAGCUGGUGCAGAGACUGCUGUGCAUAUUCUGUUUGCACUGCUAUAAACUGCAGAUGAAGGAUCAUGAAUGUGCGAUCAUUAUGUUACAGCUGCGUCUGAUCGACGCUGGCUACAUCAUUGAGGCCCAAGAACUCGAGCUCUUCAAGUCGGAGAUUGUGUGCCAGAACGCCGAUGACCUAGUAACACUGAAGAAUGGCGAUUUGGUUCACCCCAACAUUGCUGCAAUGUACAAACUGCUGGAAAAGAAUGAGAGGAACUCCAGCAACUCCACCAAGACAAGCUGUUCCUUACGAACAGCCAUUACGCAUGCUGCCCUGCAGCGAGCAGGCAAAAAAUGCAGGCACUGCAACAAAUCUAUGCGUAAUGUACGCUAUAUGCAUCGCAGGCUGGUGUUCUACGUCACUUUGGCGGAUAUAAAGGAACGCGUCGGUAGUUCCUCCGAAAGCGCAGGUCAGAACAAAGUUAUAUUUGCAGACGAAUGCCGUCGUUAUCUUCGUGAGAUCUAUGCCAAUUACCCUGAACUAUUGAAGCUGCUUGUUCCUGUUUUGGGGCUUAGCAACACAGAUGAGGCGCAAGGUGACCGAUCGCCGGUGGACGUAUUCUUUAUGGAUACGAUUCCGGUAACGCCGCCACGUGCGCGUCCCAUGAACAUGGUAGGAGAUAUGCUAAAAGGAAACCCUCAGACGGAUAUUUACACACACAUCAUUGAGAAUAACCAUGUGUUGAAUGUUGUUCUCAAGUACAUGAAGGGUAGCCAGGAGAAGCUAACGGAAGAGGCUAAGGCUGCCUAUCAAACCCUAAAGGGCGGCACGGCCCAUGAGAAGUUGUAUAACUCGUGGUUAGCACUUCAAACGUCUGUUGAUGUGCUUCUUGAUGUGAAUAUGUCCCGCGAUAUUAAAUCUGCUGAAGGUCUGAAACAAGUUAUAGAAAAGAAGGAUGGCCUCAUUCGUAAGCAUAUGAUGGGCAAACGUGUGAACUAUGCCGCUCGUACUGUCAUUACACCAGAUCCUAAUAUAAACGUGGAUGAAAUCGGUAUUCCCGACAUUUUUGCGAAGAAAUUGUCCUAUCCCGUACCAGUGACUGAGUGGAAUGUUUCCGAGCUCCGCAAGAUGGUAAUGAACGGUCCAGAUAUUCAUCCCGGAGCGAACUACAUUCAGGACAAGAAUGGAUUCACCACUUACAUUCCCGCCGACGAUGCUUCAAAGAGGGAGAGCUUGGCCAAACUACUCCUGUCCAAUCCAAAAGAUGGAAUUAAGAUCGUGCAUCGUCAUGUGCUCAAUGGGGAUGUCUUACUGCUCAAUCGGCAGCCUUCGCUGCAUAAACCAUCCAUUAUGGCCCACAAGGCUCGCAUCCUACACGGAGAGAAGACCUUCCGGCUGCACUACUCUAACUGCAAGGCUUACAACGCUGAUUUCGAUGGCGACGAAAUGAACGCCCAUUAUCCGCAAAGUGAGGUGGCCAGGGCGGAGGCUUAUAACCUAGUGAAUGUGGCCAAUAAUUAUCUAGUGCCUAAAGACGGCACGCCACUAGGUGGACUUAUACAGGAUCACGUGAUUUCCGGUGUAAAGCUCUCAAUUCGUGGACGAUUCUUUAACCGAGAAGACUACCAGCAAUUGGUGUUCCAGGGACUAUCCCAUCAUAUAAAGAAUGUUAAGCUGUUACCACCUGCUAUAGUAAAACCAGCUAGGCUAUGGUCCGGAAAGCAGGUCCUAUCCACCAUCAUUAUUAAUAUUAUUCCUGAGGGAUACGAAAAAAUUAAUUUGGAUUCAUUUGCCAAGAUAGGUGGAAAGAAUUGGAAUGUGAAACGCCCACGCCCAGCAAAUUAUGGCAAAAAUCCUGAGGAAAAUGAAUUAAGCGAAAGUCAAGUCCAGAUUAGGAACGGAGAGCUGCUUGUCGGAGUUUUGGAUAAACAGCAAUACGGAGCCACCACUUUUGGUUUGAUCCAUUGCAUGUACGAGCUUUAUGGAGGCGAAGUGUCAACAAGACUGCUUACCGCCUUCACCAAAGUAUUUACCUUCUUUCUACAACUGGAGGGCUUUACUUUGGGUGUCAAGGAUAUCCUAGUUACCAACGAAGCGGAUCGAAAGAGGAGGAAUAUCAUUCGAGAGUGCCGCGAUGUGGGCAACAGUGCAGUAUCUGCUGCUUUGGAAUUAGAGGAUGAGCCUCCGCAUGAUGAGCUGGUGGAGAAAAUGGAGGAGGCGUACGUUAAGGACUCGAAGUUCCGUGUGCUUCUCGAUCGUAAAUACAAAUCACUCUUGGAUGGAUACACUAAUGACAUAAACAAAACUUGUCUGCCCGGUGGUCUGAUUACCAAGUUUCCAUCAAACAAUCUGCAACUGAUGGUGCUAUCCGGAGCUAAGGGAUCCAUGGUGAACACUAUGCAGAUCUCAUGUCUUUUGGGACAAAUUGAGUUAGAGGGAAAGCGACCACCUUUGAUGAUAUCUGGCAAAUCGCUCCCCAGUUUUACUUCCUUUGAGACCUCACCAAAAUCUGGAGGUUUUAUCGAUGGUCGUUUUAUGACUGGUAUUCAGCCGCAGGACUUUUUCUUCCAUUGCAUGGCUGGUCGAGAAGGUCUUAUUGAUACUGCUGUAAAGACAUCCCGUUCCGGUUACCUGCAGCGCUGUCUUAUAAAGCAUUUGGAGGGCUUAAGUGUCCAUUAUGAUCUUACAGUGCGUGACAGCGACAAUAGCGUGGUACAAUUCCUUUACGGCGAGGAUGGUUUAGACAUUCUGAAGUCAAAGUUUUUCAACGAUAAGUUCUGUGCUGACUUCCUAACGCAGAAUGCCACUGCCAUUCUGCGGCCCAGUCAACUCAAUUUUAUGAAGGAUGAGGAGGAGCUGGCCAAGGUAGAGCACCAUGAGAAGCGCAUCCGUAGAUGGGAGAAGAAGAAGCCAUCAAAACUACGAUCGGCUUUCACUCACUUCUCUGAAGAACUGCGCGAGGAAGUGGAAGUAAAGCGACCCAAUGAGAUAAAUACAAAGACAGGCAGGCGCCGCUUCGAUGAGGGCCUGUUAAAGCUCUGGAAGAAGGCAGAUGAUGAGGACAAGGCUUUGUAUCGCAAAAAAUAUGCUCGCUGUCCGGAUCCCUCGGUAGCUGUCUACAAGCAGGACCUUUACUAUGGGAGUGUGUCAGAAAGAACGAGAAAACUCAUCGAUGAUUACGCUAAAAGAAAUCCAUCCCAUAAGAAUACCAUAGCCGACAUCAUGCGGGUUAAGACUAUUAAGGCGUUAGCCUCUCCUGGUGAACCUGUGGGUCUAAUAGCUGCUCAAUCGAUUGGUGAACCCUCCACUCAGAUGACACUGAAUACGUUCCAUUUUGCCGGUCGUGGUGAAAUGAACGUGACUCUGGGUAUUCCUCGACUUCGAGAGAUUCUCAUGCUGGCGUCGUCAAAUAUAAAGACGCCCUCAAUGGAUAUUCCCAUAAAAUCUGGUCAGCAGCAUCAGGCUGAGAAGCUUCGUAUAAAUCUUAACUCUGUGACUUUGGCUAAUCUUUUGGAGUCUGUUCACAUAAGCACUAAUCUAACUUUGGAGCCGGAAAGGGCUUAUGAGUAUGAUAUGCGCUUCCAGUUCUUGCCUAGAGAGGUCUACAAGGAGGACUAUGGUGUGCGACCCAAGCAUAUAAUAAAGUACAUGCACCAAACAUUCAUCAAGCAACUAAUUCGAUCGAUUCUGAAAGUAUCCAGCGCCGCAAAAACAACCAAAAUAGUUGUAAUAGACGACAAGAAGGACGCUGAUAGGGAAGAUGAUAAUGACUUGGACAACGCUGAUGAUGGUGGCAAAAAAGCAAAGGCUAAUGAUGAUGAUUCAUCGGACGAUGACGGCGAUGAUGACGACGCGACUGGCAUGAAACUCAAGCAACGUAAAAUCGAUGAGAAAGACUAUGAUGAUCCUGACGACAUUGAAGAACUUAACGAUGCCAAUAACGAUGACGAAGAAGCAGAGGAUCAGGACGACGAGGAAAAGAUCCAGGAUAGUAAUGAAAACGAUGGCGAUGAUAAGUCAGUGGAGAGGUUGCUAAGCAACGAUAUGGUCAAGGGCUAUUCCUACGAUAAAGAAAACCAUCUGUGGUGCCAGGUUAAGUUGAAUCUAAGUGUGCGCUACCAGAAGCCUGAUCUCACCUCCAUUAUCCGGGAAUUGGCGGGCAAGAGUGUGGUUCACCAGGUUCAGCACAUCAAGAGGGCUAUUAUCUACAAGGGCAACGAUAACGAGCAGCUGUUGAAGACAGAUGGCAUUAACAUUGGCGAGAUGUUCCAGCACAAUAAGAUUCUUGAUCUGAACCGCCUCUACUCCAAUGACAUCCAUGCAAUGGCAAGAACGUACGGCAUAGAGGCAGCAUCGCAGGUGAUUGUUAAGGAAGUGAGCAACGUGUUCAAGGUCUACGGCAUCACUGUGGAUCGUCGACAUUUGUCACUUAUCGCCGAUUACAUGACCUUCGACGGCACUUUCCAACCCUUGUCGCGUAAAGGCAUGGAGCACUCCUCAUCGCCCCUGCAGCAGAUGUCCUUUGAGUCCAGUUUGCAGUUCCUGAAAAGCGCAGCCGGAUUCGGCAGAGCCGAUGAGCUGAGCUCCCCGUCGAGUCGUCUAAUGGUUGGACUUCCAGUGCGAAAUGGUACUGGUGCCUUUGAGUUGUUGACGAAAAUUUGUUAAUAAGCAUUUGUAUAAGAAGAAAUUGAAAACUUUUUAAAUAAACAUACGAGG